AACCAAUCCAAUUUGAGCCUCCAAUGAAGGAUCUAAGUGAAGCUCGUGUAAGAUUGGUGGAAAUGGCUAAAUUUGCUGCUAAUAAAAGGGGCUAUUCUCAUGUUCAAAUUUCAGACUAUAGAUAUCCAGCUAUUUAUCAAUGGAUUCUUAUCUUUGUGAUUUAUCUCCCACUAUUAUCAUACUUUAUCCCUUCAAUUCUUCAAAAUCAAUAUGUUUCAACUUAUUUAUCAAAUUCGAAAAUUGAUUGGUUAUUACAAAAUUCUUUAAACAUCACUUAUUUGACUUUAUUUUUACAUUCACUGGAAUGUAUAUUUGUCUUCAGACCAAAACUAAACUAUUAUAGAGUCCCAACUGAUUAUCUUAUUGAAUGGUAUAUUGCUGGAUUAGUUGAAGGAUAUCCUGCUAUUAAAAGAUUCAAAAAAUUGAUUGCUGAAAAGGCACAUUAGUUAAAAGUUGAAGGUAAAUAUAUCUGCUUAAAUAUCUGUUGAACCUCUUGAAGUUGGUAGAUUAAUUAUAUGUUGAAUCUUAUCUGUUUUUCAAACUCUUUCAAUGAUAUUACUUUCACUAUCAACAUCAAAACUCUCUUGCCUCAUACUUCCGCUUUCUUUAUUAGCUCCACCCAUGUUUACCACUCAACGAUCGUAUCAAGCACCACAAAUAUCCAAAAACAAAAGGUGUUAAUUCAUUCCUAUCUUCUUUAUGGCCGCUUAUACCCGUGAUAAAAAAGGGUAACCUCUUCGCAUUUUUCCGCGAAUUUUUUUAAAUUUUUCUUCUACAAAAAAAAAUAUGGCAUAAAGAAAACUGUUACAAUACAAGUU